AUGAGCGACGACAACAAAGAUGUGCUGCGCUUUGCAGCCGAGUACGCCGAAAAGAAUGUUGAUCUAUACGACCUCCUCGGCGUCGAUGCCCUCACGGCCAAAGAUGACAUCCGCCGUGCCUGGCGCAGGCGCUCCCUCAUGUACCAUCCUGACAAAGCCGGCGACGACUUUGACCCAGAGAAAUGGGAACUCUUUGAGCGCGCGCGCGAUAUCCUGUCCGAUGACAGCGCCCGCACCACAUAUGAUGCGGCCAUGAAGGCCAAGCUACUUCGGAAGCAGGAGCGCGACGCCAUGGACAAGGAGCGCAAGCGCUUCGCCGACGAUCUCGAGGCCGCCGAGAAUGCCGCGCGCCAGCAACAGCAAGCCAAGCAGCAGCAGGACACGGAGAUGCUGCAAAAGGAGCGCCAGAGGCUGGCCGAGCUGCAGCGCAUGCGAGAUGAGGAGAACGUUCGCCAGGCCGCGGCGGCGCAGGAAAUGGACGACAUGGCGGAGGCGCGCCGCCGACUUAAGGAGCGGAAGGAGGAAAAGGCCAGGCGCAAGGAGGCCAAGGAUCGGGUCAAGGCCAGUCCUCUGUUUAAGAAGCAGGGAAAAGGCCCCGCGAAUGGUGCCAUCGAUGUACCCGGCGACUACCUUGUCGAUAUUGGCGGCGAGAAAAAGAUGUAUUGGGAGCUUGUCUGCGAGAAGCUCAGAGCUCGACAAGCACUGACCGAUAUGAAUAAGAAGGAGGACAUGCCAGAUGAGCAUGAUGUCGUGAUGGAAGGUCUCCAACAGACCAUGUCUACAGCCAAGCAGCGCAUUUACGACGCAGAAAUCGCAUAUCAGCGCCAAACUGCAGCAUCUUGA